CGCAGCGAAGUAAUGAUUAGUCAGGCAGAGAGAAAGGAUAUCAUUAUUUGAAAAGCAUCUCCAUUUCUCAUAUUUCUUCCAUUCCGCAUACAUUCCUUCCUUCCUUCUUUCAUUUCAUUCCUCUCUCUCUAUCUAUCUCUCCUUUCUUCCUUUCUACUCCUCCCCAUUCUUCAUGGUACUCCCAAAAAGCAAAAAGAACGUUGGUCUAGGCAAUGCCCUCAUUAAGGCACGCUUCAAAGGCCGUAGCAGACCAAAAGACGGGGACGAGCGCCUUCACUCAGCUGAUAUUGAUGAUGGUGCCAGUUGGACUCGUCUCCAAUCCGUCACACAGGAGGGCGAUCUUGAGUCUUUCUUAAGUACCGCAGAAUUGGCUGGUACAGAAUUCACUGCAGAAAAACUGAACAUCAAAGUCAUUUCCAACCAUUAUGAAAACCCAUUCAUGCUCUCUGCUGACAAGGAAAAAGAAACCCUCGCCAAACACAAAGAAUUCAAAAAAGAACUUACAGUUCCUCGUCGCCCCCCUUGGACUUCCACCACAACUGCUUCAGAACUUCAACGGAUGGAACGUCAAUCCUUCUUGGACUGGCGUCGUUCCCUUGCCACCUUGGCGGAACGUGAAUCCUUACUCUUGACCCCCUUUGAACGUAAUAUCGAGGUCUGGCGUCAACUCUGGCGUGUCAUCGAACGUUCUCAUCUGGUCGUUCAAAUCGUCGAUGCUCGUAACCCUUUGUUCUUCAGAUCCACUGAUUUGGAAAUCUAUGUUCAACAAGUCGACCCUCGUAAAAAGAAUCUCUUAUUGAUCAACAAGGCCGAUUAUCUGACAGUUCAACAACGUAAAAAAUGGGCUGAUUACUUUGAUUCCGAAGGCAUCCGUUAUACUUUCUUCUCCGCCGCUUUAGCAAAAGAAAGACUGGAUAAGGAACAGGCCGAGAAGGAUAAAAUUGAAGCUCUGGCUCAAGAACUGGCGGAGAUGAAGGCUGCCAAUUCGGAUUACAUGGAUGAUGAGGAUGAGGAUGAAGGUGAAGAUGAAGCAGACUAUGAUGUUGUUGAUGAUGAAAAUGAAAAAGCACAAAAAGAAAACGACAGCUCCGCAAAGGAUACUGAAGAGAAGACAAGCAAGGCUGUUGAAGAUUCUUCAUCGUCUGAAGCUACUACUGCUACUACUACCACUACUGCUAUCACUACUACUACUAAAUAUCAGGAUGAACAGCAGGAAGAAGAAGAGGAGGAAGAGGAGGAGGAGGAAGAAGAAGAUGAUGAUGAAGAUGAUGAAGAUACAGAAGAAGAAGAUACAGAAGAAGAAGAUACAGAAGAUAAACCCAACAAGACACAUUCUCAUUGGAAAGCUAUCAAAGAAACCGAGAAGGACGAUGAGCGCACCCGUAUCCGUGACACCAAAGAACUCUAUCAGCUCUUCCUCAAGGAGACUCCCAUCAUUGAUGAUCCUCGGAACCCACUGAAUGGGAUCAUGUCCAUUGGUCUCGUCGGUUAUCCCAACGUUGGUAAAUCCUCCACCAUCAACGCCCUUCUGGGUGAGCAUGCUGUCUCUGUUUCGUCCACACCAGGAAAGACCAAACAUUUCCAAACGAUUCAUUUGACACCCAAGAUGAUUCUUUGCGAUUGUCCCGGACUGGUGUUCCCUUCGUUUGCAACCACACAGGGAGACAUGGUCUGUAAUGGUGUCUUGCCAAUCGAUCAAUUGCGUGAGUUUACAGGAUCAGUUGGUUUGGUCGCCAAGAGGAUCCCAAAGGAAGUUCUUGAGGCCAUCUAUGGUAUCAAGAUCGCAGUCCUGAGUGAGGAAGAAGGAGGAACUGGUGUACCCACUGCAGAAGAAUUCUUGAUUGCCUACGCUGUUGCCCGUGGAUUUACAAAAGCCGGUCAAGGUAACCCGGAUGAAUCUCGCGCUGCCCGUUACAUUUUGAAGGAUUAUGUCAAUGGAAAAUUGCUUUACUGCACGCCUCCUCCAGGUGUAGAUUCUAUUGAAUUCAACCAGGAGCAUAACCAACUCGAUCGAUUCAAGAAGCGUAAACAAUUACCCACAAGUCGUCUUCCCGCUAAUGCUUCAACCUACAUCAACAUGAACUCUGUCACACCCUUGUCUCACACUGGAUCGGGUACAGGCAAGACCACAGCCAUUGACAACACUUUCUUUAAACAAGCUCCCUCUACUUCGUACUUGCCUAAAGUCAAGGGCAAGACUGCAGUUGAUCUCUCCAAAGGCAUGACUCGUGUCCAAAUGUAUCCCCAUCAACAACAAACAGACAAUCAAGGCUAUGUCUCUAGAAAGAUGAGGAUGCAAAUGGUCGCUCAAAACUUGGCAGAUAUGGGGGUCGAAGGAGGUGUUGCUGGUGCACUUGGAAACAAGAAACAUAAGAAAGGAAAGAAGAACGUCAAACAGCGCUCAGACAGUGGCCUUUACUAAAACAAAAACAUGGAG